ACUUGAGUUGUUGAAGUUCACGAAGCCAUCAAUCAAGCACGCUCUUCAGUAUGAAUCCAUCCAGGGGCACGCGAUGGCCAUCCUCCGGAACAUUGUAGGAAACAAAAAGGUGCUGGUGGCAUGCCUGCUGGGAGCGGUGAUCACCGUUUGCGCCAUCACGAUCCCGGUUGUAAUUGUCACAUCGUACGACGACGUACAAGAAGAUGCGCAGGCGUUUGCCGGUCGAGAUGUCCUGGACGAGGUUCCGCUGAUCGAUGGCCACAACGACCUCCCGUUCAACAUCUACAAGGUGGAGCGCAACCUGCUGGCCAACUUCGACCUCGACUCUAACCUGAAGCAACACCCGGUGUGGGGCAAAACCGACUCUAGCCACACCGACCUGCCCCGACUUCGGCAGGGCAAGCUGGGUGCCCAGUUCUGGGUGGCGUACAUCCGCUGUGCCGACACGCAGUACAAGGACGCCGUAGCGCGAACCAUGGAGCAGAUCGACGUCGCCAAGCGGGUGAUCGCCAAGUACCCGAGCGAUCUGAAGUUCGUGACGAGCGCGGACGGGAUCGAGGAGGCGUUCCGCGAGAAGAAGAUCGGGUCGCUGUUGGUUGUUGAGGGAGGUCACUCGAUCGACUCACGGUUGGCGGUUCUGAGGCUGUUCUACGAACUUGGGGUUCGCUACAUGACGUUAACGCACUCGUGUAACACGCCUUGGGCGGACGCUUCACCGAUCGAUGACGAGAUCGAGCCGCAGCUGAACAACCUGUCCGACUGGGGUCGCAACGUGAUCUGGGAGAUGAAUAGGUUAGGGAUGAUGAUCGACAUUUCGCACGUGAGCUACGGAGUCAUGCGGGACGCCAUUAGGUAUAGCAAGGCUCCGGUGAUAUUCAGUCACUCCUCGUCGCAUAAGGUGUUCCAGCAUCACCGGAACGUGCAGGACGAUGUUUUGACGGAGCUGAUCGAGAACGGAGGGAUUGUGAUGGUGAACUUUUACCCACUAUUUGUGGGUGGAAAUACCAUCGACAACGUAGUUAAACACUUCAACCACAUCAAGUCGGUAACGGGGCCGGAUCACAUCGGGAUAGGGGGUGACUACGACGGUGUGGGCCAGACUCCGGAAGGUCUGGAGGACGUGUCCAAGUAUCCGGAUCUGUUUGACAUGCUGGCCGAAGGGAAGUUUAGGUCGGGUGAGACGUUUACUCCGUGGACGAGAGAAGAGUUGCGGAAGUUGGCUGGACUGAACUUGUUGAGGGUGUUCAAAGCGGUUGAGCGAGUUCGGGACGAAAUGGUGGAGGUUCCUCCGUACGAAGAUUUGAUACCUUUCGCCGAGUUUGAGAAGGCUGGAGUUGAGGAUCAACCGUGCAUGACGAACAUGAACGUUCACAAAGAAUCCCUCUCGAACCGCAAGGUCCUCGUCGGCGGCGCGAUCGUUCUGGUCGCAAUCGUAGCCGUUGCCAUCGCCGUCCCGCUGUCGAUCAACUCGUCCGGCUCGGAUGACGAUGACCAGGACUCCAACAAGGCCAACGAGGUGAGCCCGUUCUUCGGUAGAACUAUCCUGGAUGAGGUCCCACUGAUCGACGGACACAACGACCUGCCGUGGAACCUGUACAGCAACGAGCGCAACCGCAUCAACAACUUUAACCUGGACAGCGAUUUGAAGAAGGACCCCAAGUGGGGACCGUCGACCAGCAGUCACACGGAUAUUCCACGAUUGUUGGAGGGUAAGGUUGGAGCUCAAUUUUGGGUGGCUUAUGUGGGUUGCAACACGCAGUACAGGGACGCCGUUGAACGGACGUUGGAGCAGAUCGACGUGAUCAAGCGGAUGGUGGCCAAGUAUCCAAAGUACAUGAAGUACGUCACUUCGGCGGAGGGGAUCAUGGAAGCGUUUGGGGAGAAGCGGAUUGGAUCGCUGAUUGCGGUUGAGGGGGGUCACUCGAUGGAUAAUAGGUUGGCGAUGUUGAGGAUCUUCUACGAGUUGGGGGUUCGCUACAUGACGUUGACGCACUCGUGCAACACUCCUUGGGCGGACGCCUCGCCGAUGGAUGCCAACGACACUGCUGUGUUGAGGAAUGUAACGGAGUGGGGCAAGAACGUGAUUUGGGAGAUGAACCGACUGGGGAUGUUGGUGGAUAUUUCUCACGUUAGCCAUGGAGUUAUGGGAGACGUGCUGGCACAUACGAAGGCGCCGGUGAUCUUCAGCCAUUCGUCGUCGCACAAGGUUUACGCGCAUCAUCGUAACGUACAGGACGACGUACUGAAGAUGUUGAUCGAGAAUCGUGGGAUCAUCAUGGUCAACUUCUACACCGGGUUCAUUGGAGGAAAGACGAUCGACGACGUUGUUCGUCAUCUCAAUUACAUCAAAUCGGUGACCGGUCCGGAUCACAUCGGCAUCGGUGGUGACUUUGACGGCGUCGAUAGCACCCCGGAAGGGUUGGACGAUGUCUCCAAGUAUCCGGAUCUGUUUGACAUGCUGGCGAAUGGUGCGUACAACGAUGGAACGACGUUUGAGGCGUGGACUCGGGAGGAUUUGCAGAAGCUCGCCGGGUUGAACCUACUGCGAGUGUUCCGCGAGGUGGAACAGGUUCGAGAUAGUAUGAGGGAUGUGCCGCCGUACGAGGAACUGAUUCCGUACCAGGAGUUUGUGGAUGCCGGCGUGGAGGAUCAACCCUGUAUGAGCGACAUGGAUAUUCACAAGAGUUGAGAAGGGGGGGCUGUCAUCCGAAAGGGAAAGAACUGUAGUAAUUGUAUAUAAUUGUAGUCCUUAUAUUAUACACGGUAUAAUAAAACACAUCCUGAUUAGAA